UAAAAUGAAAAAGACAAGCUACUUUCAUUUUCUAAGCAGAACUCUUUUCUCAGAAAGAUUUGUUUUGUAUUGGGUCGGAUUUCGAAUAGGUGCGCAUUGCAAACAACGACAUCAUGUUUAAAAAGAUCUUAAGUUAUACUAAAAAAUAUGGAAUUGGAGCUGCCAGUGCUGUUGCAGUGCUAGGUGUUUUAUAUUAUGAAAAGCAAGUGAAACAUACUGACAUAGCAUAUACGUCGUGGACAAACAAUUUUGAGCCAAGUGUCAAAUGGAUUUCAAAUUGGGAUAGUCGAGAUCCUGAGAGCUUGCUUCAAGCCCCAAAAUCUGGAGAAAUUGAUAAAAACACUGAUGAUUAUAAGAAUUUGAUCAAAACCAAAACACCCACAGCUUCUCGGCACCUCGUCCUCAUUCGACAUGGCCAUUAUAACACUGAUGGCUUAAUGGACUUGGAACGAAAUCUCACCAAGCUAGGAAGAGAGCAAGCUGAUAUCACCGGACAAAGACUCAAGGCACUUAACAAGCCAUACACAGAGUUAAUCUCAUCCACGAUGACAAGAGCUAUGGAAACUGCUGAGAUCAUCCACCAGUAUUUUCCUCUUCUGGACAUAGAGCGCAAUGACUUGCUGAGAGAAGGAGCGCCAAUUCCACCCGAACCUCCUGUUGGUCACUGGAAACCAGAGUUUUAUAAGUUUUAUAGAGAUGGACCAAGGAUAGAAGCAGCUUUCCGAAAAUACUUUCACCGAGCAAAUCCUGAACAACAGGAGGACAGCCAUCAGAUAAUAGUGUGUCAUGCCAACGUGAUCCGCUACUUUGUCUGCAGAGCAUUGCAGUUUCCUCCUGAAGCUUGGUUACGCCUGUCGCUAGCCCAUGCCAGUCUGACAUUUGUGACAAUACGUCCAAGUGGACGUGUGAGCAUUAGAGGUCUAGGAGAUAUUGGUCACAUGCCAGUUGAAAAACUCUCAUAUUCCUGAUGAUAGAAUGUAUUUAGAUUCAUCUGAGUGCUCUUCUACAGCAGUUUAUUUUAGACCGUGUGUCGAACAAUUUUUGGGUAUCUUUAGAAAUCACAUAGUGCAUUUUUCACGAAAGAAUAACUGUCCAAAUUAUUUUUAAAAUAGUAACAUUCAUUUUCAUUACACAUAAUGUAACUAUUCAGUUGAAAUAACAUGUAUUUGGUGACUAAUCUUAUUAAUUUCAAAACGUGCUGGAAAAGGAUUAAUGUCCUUGAACAUGCUUUUAAAUGUAUAGCAGAGACAUUGCUGACAGACUUUGUAAUGACUAUAAUUGGAUAUUAAAUAUACGUGCAUAAAAUAUUACCAGUACUGGAAGUAUAUUAAAUGUGUUUCUGGCCAUCCUUGUGUUUGUACUAGUUCAAACUUUGGUGUAUUUCCUAAUGUACAUUGUUUCCUGUGUAAGAAAUCAUUGGAAGUAUUCAAAACAAGAAUCUGUAUUUAGCAUGUAAUUUUAGUCAUUACCCAAUUUUGCUAGUCGAAAACAGCUUACAAUGGCAGCAGACUUAGGACAAUGAAAGAAAUCUAAGUCCUUGUAGUAUUUGAGGGACAUUUUAAAUAUUAGUAUUCUUGCUGAACAUUUCAACAUUGAAAUCGUCUUCGUUUUCUUUUCUUUUUUCUUCUUUUUGUUCCGGAUAUAUCAGUGUAUUAUGAUUUUAUUGUGUGGCUUAGAGUACAUUCAGCACCACCAGUGUGACUGUUGUCUAUCUAAAUCUAGACAACCGUUGGUGAUUCUGUAAAUUCAAUUUUCUCUGCAUGGAUAAUAAUUAAUAUACAUCUAUAAUAUAACACGCACAGUGUCUCACCUGCUUCAUUUACACAUUUAUUAAUUUUAUGGUUUGGAUAUGUGCAGUGAAGACGCACUGUUACAUGACUGAUACACAGAAAUGUUUUAAAAUUUACACAUUUAUUAUUAUUUGGAUUAUAGACUGACAAAUUAAAUAUCAUUAGGCCUAUGUUACAUAUUUUUUACACAAAUGAAACAUAUUUGCAAAGUUGCAACACUGCAAAGCAGAGGCUUCAGAUAUUCAGAUUUUGAAUCAAGUUCAAAAUGCUCAAAUUUAUUAAUUUGUUUUACAAAUAUUACAUUCAUUAUAUGGGUAAUAAAUUAAAUACCACACUUGUUUUCAUUAGAUAUAAUUUAUACAAAACUUACAAACUUUUGUUCAGUCAAAUACGGAACAGAGAAAGUUAGUUCAUUUCAUGAAAAUUAUAUUCAUGAAAAAGAGUGAAAGGUUGUGUAUGUGUUAGGUACCUUUACAUGUAGUGCAUUUUUAAUGUAAAUAUGUUGUAUAGCCAUACACAUGUAUGUACUUGUAAUGAAAAAAAUAAUAAAUGAUAAAAUUAUCAUGUUAUUUCCAUUGA